AUGGGGCUGGUCAAGGAGGCGGCAGGGACCGGAUGGGAAGUUCGGGAGAUCAAGCAGCUGCUGCCCAGCAUGAGUCGGACCUGUGAAGUCCAGAGCUCGACGGUGAACAAAGCAGACGGUCUCCGCGAGCUCUGCAAGGCCAUCGACGUUCCCAUGCAGCAUGCCUGGGCCUUCGGAGACGACGCGAAUGAUGUGCGGAUGCUGUCUGAAGUCGGUUGGGGUGUUCGCAUGGCCAACCACCUGCCAGCGCUGGCUGGGGUAGGCCAGGAUGUGACUGACUUCACGAACGAGGAGGAUGGGGUCGCCAAAUAUCUCCAUGCGCACUUACUCUCAGGCCUCGAGCAGUUGGUCAGUGGCGAUGCGGCCCAAGUGGCAAGCGCUCUGGUGCAGGCGCUGAUGAACCACCCCGGCCAUGCCGAAGUGCAGCGACAUGCGAGCAAUGCCCUGGUGAAGGCGCUCGAAAGUCACUCCGGCCAUGCUGAUGUGCAGGGCAGUGCGAGUCUUGCUCUGGGAAACCUAUGCGCCCUCUCCCCAGAGCGCGCUGCGAAGGCCUUUGAGCUGGGAGCCAUGGAGCCACUGGUGCAGGCCCUCGAGAGCCCCCGCAAAGUGCAGGCCGAAGGGAGCGUUCCUGGCCCUCACCGCCUUCGCUCUGACUCUACCUCUUCCUGGAUGGCGGACUCGAUGGCGAGCGCGCUGCCCUCGCUGGGAGCCCUGGAUGCCCUGGUGAAGGCGCUCGAGAGCCAUCCCAGCCAUGCCGACCUGCAGCGAGCUGCGAGCCUUGCUAUUGGAGAAUUAUGCCAAUUAUGCGCCAACUCCCACGAGCGCGCUGCGAAGGCCGCUGAGCUGGGAGCCCUGAAGGCUCUGGUGCAGACUCUGACAAGCCACACCAGCAAUGUCUCCGUCCAGCGCGUUGGGAUCAUUGCUCUGGGAAACUUAUGCCAAGACUCCCAAGAACACGCUGCGAAGGCCGCUGAGCUGGGAGCCCUGGAACAGCUGGUGAACGCCCUCGAGAGCCACCCCAGCCCCAGCCCUGCCGAAAUGCAGCAGCGAGAUGCGAGCUUGGCUCUGGUACGCUUAUGCGGCGACUCCCAACAUGCAAUGGUGAAGGCACUGGAGAGCCAUUUCAGCAAUGGCGGAGUGCAGCGCGAUGCGAGCCGGACUCUGGGAAUCUUGUGCAACGACUCGCAAGAGCGAGCUGCGAAGGCCGUUGAGCUGGGAGCCCUGGAGGCUCUGGUGCAGGCGCUGACGAGCCACUUCUGCGACAACUCCCAAAAGCGUGCUGCCAAGGCCGCUGAGCUGGGAGCCCUGGGACCUCUGGUAAAGGCGGCUGAGUUGGGAGCACUAGAAGCUGUGGUAAAGGCGCUCGAGAGCCACCCCAGCGAUGUCGAAGUGCAGCGAGCUGCGAGCGACUCUUUGGAACAACUAUGUGCCAACUCCCAAGAUCGCGCUGCGAAGGCCGCUGAGCUGAGGGUAAAGGCGGAUCCUAAAGCAGGCGGAACCCGGCCCAGCAUCCCAGACGCGACUCCGGAGAGCCCCAUCGAAGCACCGGCAGCCUUGAUUGAGUUCGCCAGCAGAGAGAUCACAGAUGCCAUGAAGAGCAGUACCAACCAGCCAUGA